CAAUAACAUGACUACUUCCAGUACUACGUUCGGUUCCAUUAAACAAUAAAGCAGCUGCUGAUACCGCUUCCUUCUCGUUUAAAUACAUCAAGUAUUUAAAAUAAUUGCUUAAUGAUGUUGUUUUUAUUGCUGUUAACACUGUGUGGAUCUUUGACACAAAUCUCGGCGCAGUAUGAUCCAACAUGGGACAGCUUAGACAGUCGACCUUUGCCUGGUUGGUACGAUAAAGCAAAGAUCGGAAUUUUCCUUCACUGGGGUGUUUAUUCGGUUCCUAGUUUUGGAAGUGAAUGGUUUUGGUUUAGAUGGCAAGGAGACAACACAUACACAUAUGUCAAAUUUAUGGAAGAGAACUAUCCACCCACUUUUACCUAUCAAGACUUCGGGAAAGAAUUUACGGCCGAAUUUUUUGAACCGGAAGAAUGGGCAAACUUAUUUGUAAAAUCUGGCGCAAAAUAUGUUGUGUUGACAAGCAAACAUCAUGAAGGUUAUACUCUGUGGCCUUCUAAAUAUGCCUACAGUUGGAACGCUGAAGACGUUGGUCCACAUAGGGACCUUGUAGGAGAUCUGGCUAAUGCUGUUAGACAAACGGAUCUUCAUUUUGGGCUAUAUCAUUCACUGUUUGAGUGGUUUCAUCCACUUUAUAAUGAAGAUAAAACUAAUAACUUUACGACUUCCACAUUCGUCGAUACUAAAAUCAUACCUGAAAUGAAGGAGCUGAUCAAUACGUAUCAACCAGAAGUUCUGUGGUCGGAUGGAGAUGGUGAAGCUCCAGAUUCAUACUGGAAAUCUACAGAAUUUUUAGCUUGGCUUUAUAAUGAAAGUCCUGUAAAGGAUAUUGUUGUAACAAACGAUAGAUGGGGAUCUAACGUAGGGUGCAAACAUGGAGGAUUCUUUACUUGUGCUGACAGAUACAAUCCAGGUCAUUUAUUACCACACAAAUGGGAAAACUGUAUGACAGUAGAUAAAGUUUCUUGGGGCUACAGACGAAACGCAGUAUCAAGGGAUAUAUUAUCAAUUCAUGAAUUAAUUACUACUCUCACAGAAACCAUUAGUUGUGGAGGUAAUAUUUUGAUUAACGUCGGACCGACAAAAGAAGGUACAAUAAUCCCAGUUUUCCAAGAACGUUUGUUGCAACUUGGAGAAUGGUUGUCCAUUAAUGGAGACGCAGUUUAUGAAAGUAACGCGUGGUCUGUGCAGAAUGAUACAUUAACUUCUGGUGUAUGGUACACUGCUAAAGAGCCAGUUGUAUAUGCAAUUGUUCUGAAUUGGCCAGAUGAUAAUCUUCUGAAACUUGGCUCAGCAAAUUCACUUUUCAGCACUGAUGAUACGCAAGUUGUGCUCUUAGGGAACGACGAUUCACCACUUUCAUGGCAAUCCGUAGAUGAUCAAGUGAAUAUCGCUUUCCCAGAUAAAGCAACUGUAACCAGCGAAUGGGCCUGGGCUCUUAAAAUAACUCCAGGGUCAACAUAAUAAAAAAUAUUAUUAUAGCCUUGUAAUAAAACGAAAUAAAUUUAUAAUAUGAGCGCACUAUAAA